AGUUCAUUCAUAAAUCUAGCGGAGACGGACGAAUAACGUUCUAAGCCGUGUAUUACAUCUACGAAGAAAUUUGUGUGUGAUAUCCAUGUGUGUUGUGAUAAUCAGACAAAACAAUUGACUUAUACUUUAAUUAAUACCGAGACACAAAACUUAGGGCUGGAAUGGCAGAAUUCAUGUCUUUGGAAGGUGAAGUGUUUGAUGAUCAGAUUGUGCCGGACACAGAUGACUGUUUCUUACCCCCUAGCGACCCGAGACAGGGACUUCCCACAGUAGUUAAUAGCAAAACAGUUGAAGACUGGGAGAAAUAUAUCACAUUUCUGGACAUUCCAAAUGGCAAGCCAUCCCGCCGCGAGAGCUCGUCCCUGGUGGACGAGUUUUUUGAAGCUGAUUCCAAAGCCUCGCCGGAACUGCAUGCUGCCAAAAUGAUGAUCUCAGCUGGCCUAUCCCGGGGCUCUGAGUUGAGCAUGCUGAAAACUGGACUCUUAAACGCCACCAAGCAGCAACUGGUACAACACGCCAUCGAGGGCCCACGCCGCACAAGCUCGAGUCUAGUUGACGAAUUCUUUGAGAAGGAUCCGAACAGCUCAAAGGUCAAUACAGAAAAAAAUAAGGCACCAAGUCUACAAGCAUCCAAAUUCCAUAACGGUUUCGACAUGGAUGCCACAUUUGUCUCAUACGAAAACGCACUGGUACCAAUCAGCACAGAAAAGAGGUUCUUGGCUCCAAGCCCCCUUGUCUCGAGUUCCUCUUGUGCCAUGAAUACAACCCCGAGUGUUUCAAUGUGGGACAAUAUCAGAGAGUGUAUCAAUAUCUCAGACGAUGGCAGGGACAAUGAAAUGGACACUGACACAGCUGCAGUGCCUGUUAUAAAAAUAGAGGACACCAGCGAGAAACCUUCGUGUCAGUACCAGAACUCUAGUUUUGACAAUGUGCAUAUCAAACAUGAAAACCCAUCUAGUUGUAUGUUGGGUGAAUCUUCAGGUACAGAAUUUAUGGACAGACCGAAAACUCUGAACAUCCCUGUUCCCCAGUCAAUGAUGUCAGCCCCCUCCCCCCUCAUGCACUAUGUGUCCCAGUAUAGUUCCGGUGGCAUCGUCAAGUGCCACACCUCGAUGGGCCAGCAAUACAGUACCACCCCCACGCCCCCACACACAGUGCCCGUCCUCAUGCCAACGCCGCCAAACUCUGAGCCCGGCAGUCCCAGCACAAGUCUAGGGGACAUCAGAAGGACGCCACCGCCACCAUACCCUGGAAUGAUGGGCAGCAGAAUACCACUGCAGGGCGCAGUCAUGAUGAACCCUAUGUUGAGCAUCCCCUCCCCGGGGAGCCACAGAUCCCCAAAGAAGACUCAAAAGACACACCCAGGUUGCUCGACCAUCAAAUACAAUCGGAAAAACAACCCAGAUCUUGAAAAACGCCGCAUCCACUAUUGCGAGUUUCCUAGUUGCCGGAAAGCGUACACAAAGAGCUCUCACCUGAAGGCCCACCAGCGCAUACAUACUGGGGAGAAACCUUACAAAUGCCACUUUCAGAGUUGCCAGUGGCGGUUCGCCCGCUCAGACGAGCUCACAAGGCACAUCCGGAAACACACGGGUUCCAAGCCGUUCAAGUGCAAGGUCUGUGAUCGAUCGUUCGCGCGUUCGGACCAUCUCGCUCUUCACAUGAAACGUCACGAACCAAAGAGCAAGUGACUUGCCAAAGAGUGCGGUGAUGGUUUUGUCGGCUCAACAGCCUUUGUUGCCGAGUCAUGUGACACUCGGAGAAUUUUGUGCGACCGGAAACGGGAACAGCCGCGUUGUCAUGACGACAGCGGUAGUUUACGGUGUUUGAUGGACAGUGUUGGACACGUGGAAAGCAUGCUAGAUCCUCUGCUUGAAAUGUUUGUUGACGGUUUCAGUUGACAUCUGCUCAGGUUUUGAAGGCAGAGUUGGGGGACUAAAAUAGAUUAAGAGUUUGUUUACGAGCGAUGGAUCCUUGGUUUUGUCAGAAAUUGUGAUAGUGUUGUCAUAGACGGUUAAUCAUUUUAGAGUCUAUUUGUUCUGAAUUCUUGUAAUAUUUCAUUUUCCUCAGAUCAUUUUAAAUAUUGUUUGGUCAGAUAUAUUUGCAAGUACCUUUAUAUAUUGUUACUAUAGUAAUUGUGGACUUGUUGGACUUUAUCUGUCAGCUGUGUUGCUACUGUUAUUCUAGCUGUUAUGUUAUUGUCACGAAACUUUAGGAAUAGCUUUUACAUAUCAUGCCAUUUCUAUCAUUUUUUAUCAUCAUCACAGACCAUGUUUGUGGAACGAUUUUUUGUUGAUACUUUUUGUUAAUUUAAUUUCUUAUAUAUAUAUAUAUAGUGCUUAUUAUUACUAUCAGUUUGAUAUUUAUUCGUAAUUGAAAUAUGUCAAAUGUGCUAUUAAAUGUUAUUAAAAAUCGUUUGCUCAAAGGUUUUUAAUAAAAGAAAAGAAUGGUUUUCUGCUGUUGGAGACAUGUUAUUUCUUGGUUUGUUGGUAUAACGAGUCGAACAAGACGCAUGGAUUAUCAGAUGAAAUUUGAAAAAAACUUUUUAACAACAUGUUUGUCACGUGAUGUACAUUCUGCUGUUGUUUAUCUUAGAAUUCCACUAGCACAGAACGGGUCUUUUCUUUCAAACAAAAUGCAGCUGUAUCUUUAACAGGACAGUUGAUCUUGCAUCACAUGCCAAGUAAAUGCUCGCUAUCAGACGCAAUGUAAUUUUUCACACAAUUUUGGGAUACGGUUGCUUUGCGCUAGACAAAAUCCACAUUAAUUAAAUGAUGACGCUAUGAUCACAUUACUAAUGUUAAUACAAACGGCGACUUCUAUGUACACUUAUGUUAAUAUUACAUAACUAUUUGCCUUCUUGCAGACAGAUCUUUGUGAUAAGAGUUUGAUAAGACGAUGUUUGAUCUACUGUAAAUGCUGUUACAUACAAAGAUAACUAAGUUUUUAUAUUAUUUUCUGUCUGACGUGCUUGUACGAUGGUUAAAUUUAUAUAAAAUAAAAAAUACUAUUUUCUA